UCAUGUUAUUACUGUAACUCUCCUGUUUUUGUCCGGUAGUAUGAGAUGGUGGAGUGCUUGCUUGGCUUCCUGUAUGAAUACUUAAUGCAAACCACGUGGUGUGAAAGCAGACUGCAGCUUCUUUUGUUCAAAUCAAUCAAACCGGAGUCAGACGAGCAGAGAAGAGAGCUGCUGAAUCAGGAAAUCACCGCUUCAGAUUUAAAAUGCCACGCAAGAAGGUGACAGAUGUCUCAGGGAAUGGUGGGAUGAAAAAGAAGAGGGCCAGCGGCAAAAGGAAAGAGAGAGACUUCAGUAGUGACGAUGAGUUUGACUAUGAACAGGAGAACAACAAGAAACCUGGCAAGCCUGCUGCCAAGUCUGGUCUCCAGCCUGUCACUGUGGCAGACGACGUCAAAGAGAAAAUUAAACUUGAGUGCUCAAAGGUUAAAGGUCAACUGCUCAUCUUUGGCGCAACCAACUGGGAUUUGAUUGGAAGAAAGGAGGUGCCCAAACAACAAGCUGCUUUCCGCAACCUGGGCCAGAAUCUGUGGGGUCCUCACCGCUACGGCUGUCUGAAUGAUGUUCAGGUUAGCUGUGUGGUGUCUGGUCCCUGUGCUGCACACAGUCUCCUCAUGACCGCUGAGGGCAAGCUGUGGAGCUGGGGUCGUAAUGACAAAGGUCAGCUGGGUCACGGAGACACCAAGCGUCUGGAGGCUCCCAAGAUAAUCGAGGCCCUGGCGGAUCAAGUGAUUGUUGCUGCAGCCUGUGGACGCAAUCACACUCUGGCCCUCACAGAGGAUGGGACUGCAUACUCUUUUGGUGAGAACAAGCUGGGCCAGCUUGGCCAAGGCAACCAGACCGAUGCAGUUCUCAGCCCAGCACCGAUUUCCUACAAUGGCCAGCCCCUGGUGAAGGUGGCUUGCGGUGCUGAAUUCAGCAUGGUUGUGGACUGCAAAGGAAACCUGUACUCCUUCGGCUGCCCGGAGUAUGGACAACUGGGUCACAACAGUGAUGGGAAGUUCAUAGCUCGUGCCCAGCGCAUCGAGUUUGAUUGUGAGCUCAUCGCUCGCCGCGUCGCCAUCUUCAUCGAGAAGUCCAAGGACGGCCAGAUCAUGCCCGUGCCCAACGUGGUGGUCCGAGAUGUGGCCUGCGGGUCUAACCACACGCUGGUGCUGGACUCUCAGAAGCGAGUGUUCAGCUGGGGUUUUGGCGGUUACGGGCGUCUGGGUCACACGGAGCAGAAGGACGAGAUGGUUCCCCGACUUGUCAAACUGUUUGACUUUCCUGGACGGGGUGCCGCUCAGAUCUCUACAGGCUACCAGUGUUCCUUCGCCAUCAGUGAGAUGGGUGGGCUGUUUUUCUGGGGGGUGACAAACACUUCUAGAGAGUCAACCAUGUACCCCAAAGCUGUGCAGGAUCUGUGUGGCUGGAAGAUCCGCAGUGUGUCCUGUGGGAAGAGCAGCAUCAUUAUUGCUGCAGAUGAGAGUACGAUCAGCUGGGGCCCCUCGCCCACAUUUGGAGAGCUGGGAUAUGGAGACAACAAACCGAAAUCCUCCACCACCGCCCAGGAGGUCAAGACCUUGGAUGGCGUCUACGUUGAGCAGGUGGUGAUGGGCUACUGUCACUCUCUGGUGAUCGCCAGACAGGAAUCUGAGCAGGAACAGGAGAAACUGAAAAAGCUCCCCGAGUACAACCCCCGAACAAUCUGAUUGGGCCUCCAACAGCAACACCUCAACCUCUUUCACCCGGAGCAGAGACCAGCGAUGCUCAUCAGGAACACAUGGCCUGUGUAGUCACUGCUGGUAUACUAGUGGGACGGUUGAGUUCAGGGGGCGGGGGAGGCGCUCACAAGUCCGAAGGAUAUCCACACAUCUCACCCACCAGCAAAAACUGGCUCUACACCAAUUUGGACACUGAAAUCAGAGAAAAACGGGACUGGAAGACAGCCAGCUCUCACAAUGAACGGUCAAGAUUAUCUUCACUUCCCACCUCGAGCGAACCUGCAACAGUUUGCUCCGAGCACUUCACACCUAGUAGAGUCGUGCUUCCCAAAAAAAACACCUUUUCCAUUUUGUAAUACAGCCAAACAUUCAUGUCUUGUUCUGUUGUUGUUUUCUUUGUUGCAGUAUAUAAAAUGAUAAAGUUGUUUGUCACAUUUACGGGUGCUACGAUAGGACCCUCAGUCUUUUCCUACUGAGGGGUUUUCAAAGACCAAUACUCCAUAUCUGUGCCUUUUUCUACGUGUAUGUUCAGGAUAUGGAAGUGUUGUUUGUGUUGGUUCAGAGGCUCAGCCGAUCACUCUGAUUUAGCGCACAUGGCAGUAUGAGCAGGUGUGUGUGUGUGCAGCUGCCACAGAUUACAAUCAGGAUUUGUUGAGUUAGUGCACUCCACUCGAUGGUUACAUUCCUUUUGUUAUGUUCUUAAGUGUUUGCAUCAAGGAUGCACGCCUCAGUCCUUCCAAGACCACAGCGUCGUCGUAGAUCUCGUCUUUGCUAAUAUUAACUAUUCCAACGCUCAAAGCGGUUUCACAAGCAGGUCAGAACCUUUAGAACCGAUAAUGCACUGUCUCGAAAUAUAUCAAGGUGUGCUGGAAAUGAAGGCAUGUUCUUGUUUUAAAAACAGCAGAGGUGUUUUCCUCCUACCUGUACUGCAUUCUUUUUUAUGGUGAAAUUUCUCCGGGUUACUUUGUUUUUUCAUUGAAAUGGUUAAAUAAAGAUUCAUGUGAAUUGA